CAUAGAUCACAUCCGGGGCUGGUUUAUUAUAAUAACGAAACGUCCAACCCGGAAAAAAAGACAAGUCUUCUGUAAUCCGAUCACACAAACAAACAGAAGAGAGUGUAAGAGCCUCGUGCACACAGGCGUUUUUAGUGUAAACUGUUUGGAAAAGUUCUUAAAACUUUAUCUGACAUGUUAGUUUGCCGGACUCUGGUCUCUCCUCGGUGCUUCGGAGCUGUGCGGGGCGCUGGCUGUGGCGCACACUGACUCCACAGCGGUGACAUGUGAUAGCAGCAGCAUGCCGUACGUGGACCGGCUGAACCGUGUGUGUGGCUUCCUGGACAUCGAGGAGAAGGAGAACAGCUGCCGCUUCCAGAGGCGAUACUUCAUCCUCGACACGCAGGAAAAUGCUCUGCUGUGGUAUAUGGACAACCCUCAGAACCUGCCCAGUGGAGCGAGCUUUGUUGGCACCCUGAGACUAACCUACAUCUCUAAGGUGAAUGAAGCUACAGCGAAGCAAAAGCCAAAGACAGAGUUCUGCUUUGUCAUCAAUGCAGUUUCGCGGCGGUACUUCCUCCAAGCCAAUGAUGUGACUGACAUGAGGGACUGGGUGGCUGCUCUCAACAGGGCCAGCAAGAUCACUGUUCCUAAGGCCGGCCCAGCACCUCCGAGGGCUGUUGUGACCGCAGUAAUCAGCGACACUCAGGGAGGAAAGAAGCGGCAGGCCUACAAGGCUGAGAUCAUCGGUGGCGUGGUUGUGCACACUCCCAUCCAGAAUGAGAGCGAAGAGACAGAAGGGAGAGAGAGGAAAGGCAACAGGCCAGGCAUGCUGAGGUGCGGUUUCUGUGUCAAACAGGGGAAUGUGAGGAAGAGCUGGAAGAGAAGGUUUUUCACUCUGGAUGACAACGCAGUGAGUUACUACAAGUCUGAGACGGAUAAGGAUCCUCUCCGAGCUAUUCCGCUGAGAGACAUUCAGAAGGUCCAUGAAUGUCUCGUCAAGUCAGGGGAUCUCCUGCUGAGAGACAACUUGUUUGAGAUCAUCACCAGCUCCCGAACCUUCUACAUACAGACAGACUCUCCAGAGGAGAUGCAUGGCUGGAUCAAAGACAUUGAGGUGAAGAUCCAGGACUUCAGAGGGCCCCCUAAGGGUUUUUCAUUUAAACGUGCGUCCUCUCUCUAUCGAAGUCACAAUGCCUCUUCAUCGUCUCGAGGUCAUCAGGGCGAUGACCGCAGACCUCCGCUGGUCAAGUCCUGCUCUGUGGCGCCGGGCUGGCAGCCCUGGACGCCUGUCCCUCCGGGUGAGCCCUCCAUCCUGGAUGCAGAGGAUGAAGACAGUGCUUUCAGCUCUGUGCCCACCUUGCCUUCUCUCUCCUCCUCCUCCACCUCUUCCUCCACCUCCUCCUCCUCCAACUCCCUCUCUGCCCCGGCCCCUUGCCCCAACGCGCCUCCAGCAGCUUCAACCAGCGGACUGGGGAUCCUCACGGCGUCAGGAGACGUAGCCAGCGGGCGUCGGAGGCACCGCUCGCAGCCUCAGCCUCACAGCGGCUGCAGCUUCCCCUUCAGCCUGGAUGACGACGGCAUCCGCACCACGGACGUCUAAGUUCAGUGAAGUCUGUCCAGACUCCUUAUGUGGACUUGGUACCUGCUUUUAAAUGAAUGUGACUGGUAAUAAUAGUAUUCCCUGCUAAUGAAGUGACACUGUGACCAUCUGCCUCAAUGCCAUGACGUGAGAUUGGGGCCUCCUGCUGGUCUUGUUGCUGCAUUGCAGACGAAGGAUGUACCCAGCUGGAAGGGGACCAAGAGGCGCAGUGAUUGUUGUUCACAGGACUGUGAAGAAGUACGAUGGAGUGUUUUUAGUGCAACUUCCUCUGAAAACUUGAAUAAUCUUGUUGUUAAUUGUUCCUGCAGACUUACAAGUUAUGGCACAUGCUUUCAAUCUGUUGCACUUGGCUUGACCGUGUUUUCACCCCCGCUACAAGUAUUCACCAAGACAUUUAAACACAUCAGUAUCCAUAUAUUUAUAAGCUUACGUUCACAAAAUACUCUCAAAUCUCAAAAUCUUUACUUUCUUUUGAGCCCAGCAGUGUUUUUUUCUUCCUGUGACACAUCAUCUUAUCUUCAUGAAUAAUAAACAAGCAUUUCCUUACUAACAUAUCAUGUGUCAGAUGGGGUAAAGUAAAAGUGUAGGUACAUGCAGUCACAUGCUAACUGACUGAGGGCUCUUCUAUUGUCUGCAGCAGCUUCUAUGUGUUUGCACUAUGUUUUAAACAGGAGCUUUUUAAUACUCGGCUUAAAGAUCAAUCGUCAGUAAACUGUGACUCCUCUCUAAGCUUUUAACAGGGUACCGUAAUAAUACAGCAGUGUUUUUAAAUGGUACUUGUUGUAGGAUGUUCUGCCAGCGUCAAAGUACAGCUGAUCAGCUGUUCGACAGCCUUAAUGUGAUAUUCUUAUUCCAGCAAUAUGUGGGAAAAAUGUGCCACUACUUCUGGUAAUUUAAUUGUAAUUCCGCACUUUGCUUUUCUAAUUUUUACUUGUGUUUUUUUUAAUGCUUUCACAGCAGAUAUUACAGCUUCCUCUCAUAUGAUGCCUCAGAUACGUUGUGUUGUUACACCGAUAGUCUCAGCCCUCCUCAGGUUCACCUCAAGGCUUCAUUGAUGUGGUACCAUGUUCACACCCGUUUCCGUUUUCUGAAGCUGUGUGCACUCGUCUGCCUGCGUAUAAUGUUAAUUUCCUUUUCUUGUACAUUAAAUGUUGCUUUUUAUUGGUC